AUGGCUACGGCGGCGGCCACUGCGGCCUUGCUGCUCUUCUCGACUCUCGUCGGCCUCGUCGACGGUCUCGCCGACACGGACACCAUUACCUGGGGUGGUGACAACUCCCGGGCGGGUUACCAAACUAACCACAACAUGGACCCUGCCGUGGUGGGCAGCGACCAGUUUGCUCAGAUCUUCAAGACUGCCCUGCCCGGCAACUACAACGGCGCACCCGAGCAGAUCUUCUCACAGCCCCUCGUCUACACCCCUUCGGGAGGUGACGGCACGCAAUACGUCUACUUUGCCACCACGCAGAACAACGUCUACAAGCUCAACGCCAAGACCGGUGUCAUUGUCGCCUCGCGCAACCUUGCCAUCCCCUUCCUGACUGCGGAUCUGAACGGCUGUGUCGAUAUCAACCCCCUCGUCGGUAUCACCGCGACCGGUGUCAUCGACCCCGCUACCGACACCCUGUACCUGACUCUCAAGACCUACGCGAACCAGCAGGGUGGCAAUGGUGCGCAGGGCAAGCCCAACGGCCGCUACUGGCUGAUCGCGCUCAACGUAAACGACCUGACCGACCGUCCCAACUUCCCUGUCGACAUCGAGGGCACCCUUGCUCGGAACAACCCCACGCGAUCGUUCAACGGUGGUAUCCAGCACCAGCGCCCUGCUCUGCUGCACUCUGGCCAGUACAUCUACGCCGGCUUCGCCUCCCACUGCGUCCAGUACAACUUCACCGGCUGGAUUAUCGGCUGGGACAAGACGACCGGCAAGAUUGUCGAGCGCUACGCUAUGGAAGGCGAGGGUGUUCUGAGCCCUACCAAGGGUGGUGGUGUCUGGAUGUCUGGCGGUGGUCUCGCGUCCGAUGACCAGGGCUCCAUGUUCUUCGCUACUGGAAACGGCUAUGCCUCCCAGCUCUCCACCAUUCCUGUGAACGGCCGCAACCCGCCUACGGCUCUGGAGGAGGCCGCCGUGCACAUGACCAUCAACGGCGACGGCUCUUUGACCAUUGUCGACUUCUUUAUGCCGUUCGACAAACAGGCUCUGGACGGUGGUGAUCGUGAUCUCGGUACCAGCCCUCUCGAGAUUCUGCCCAGCGACGUCUUCUCUUGCGGCGAUGUGAAGCGCAUUGGUGUCGUUACCGGAAAGGAGGGCAAGACGUACUGGCUCAACCUGGAUGAUCUCGGUGGCUACAAGAACACUCCCGAUUUUGGCGAUAAGGUGCUCCAGACCUAUCAGAAUGAGAACUCGGUCUACGCUGGUGCGGGUGUCUACCCUCUUGAGGGCGGCUACAUAUAUAUCAACGUCAUUCAGUACCCCAGCCACGUUUUCAAGUUCUCCUGCAACAAUGGUGUCCCGUCUUUCGCCAAGGUUGCCGACAGUCCCGUCGCCAACGCCUACACUCUGGGCGUGAGCCACGGUACCGUCACCUCGCUCAACGGUCAGCCCGGAACAGGUCUGCUGUGGAUCUCCGAUGUCCAGGGUUACAACCUGCGCAUCUACAACGCCGUGCCCCAGAAUGGUCUCCUCACUCUGGUCAACCAGUUCUCCGUCCCCGGCACCACCAAGUUUACCCGCCCCGUCUUUGGCGAUGGCAUCGUCUACCAGGGCACCACUCAGGGUUUCGUGUAUGGCUUCGGCGCCCCGACCAACCCUGCUCUGAACUGCACGACUCCCGUCAACUUCGGCUCCGUCGAUAUUGGUGCCAGCGCUGCACAGCAGACUGUGACCUGCAAGGCCAAGAUCGCUGUGACGGUCACCAGCGUCGAUUUGGCCAACAGCUCCGACUACAGCAUCAGCGGUGUGCCUGCUACCCUCCCUCUGCAGCUUGCUGCCGGUGCUUCGUUCACCUUCCAGGCUACCUUCAAGCCCAGCACCGUUGGUCUUCUCACCGGCAGCGUCUCCGUCGCUACCACCAAUGGCGCCGCCACCGGCUACAGCGUCAAGACUCCCAUCCGUCUCACCGGUACCGGAGCUAGCCAAGGUCCUCUCUUCAAGAUCGACCCCAACAAGGUUGCUUUCACGCAGAUCGUCACUGGCACCGACGGCGGCUCGGACGAGACCGUCUUCUUCAUCAACCAGGGCAACACGUCUCUGACCCUCUCCAGCGUCAUGGCCUCGCCCAACGGCGCUUCGGGUACUUUCACUCCUAUCACCGUGACCAACGGACAGGCCACUUCUGGUCCCUUCACAUUGAAGAACCUGCCGACCACGAUUGCCGCCAACAGCCAGUCUAAUGUCGAUAUCAACUUCAACCCCACGACUGGCGGCAACUACUCUCUCUACCUGCAGGUCAACUCGACUGGCGGACCACAGUCCCUGAGCGUCACUGCCUCCUCUGGCCCUGCGCCCGUCGCCCUUCUCGAGUUCCAGACUCCCGAUGGUACCGGUUGGGUCAAGUAUGAGUCCGGCAAGAACUUCACCUUUGGCAACGUUACGGAGAACCAGACCCGGUCCCUGAAGCUCCGCCUUACCAACAACGGCGGUACCGGCGCCGUUCCCCUCCAGAUCGCCGUCUCUAAGCCGCCGUUUGGUGUUGCCGGUAGCAUCAUCGGCGCGAACAACCAGGUUGACCUCGCCGAAGGCACCAUCGUUCGUGCCGGUGAGAGUGCUUAUGCCACUCUCUAUUGCUCUGUCCCCAAGGAGCAGUGGAACACCGACCCCUACUAUGGCAAUGCUCAGUGGACCAUGAAUCUGAACGACCCCACCUGGGGCAAGCAGUUCAUCCAGUUCGACUGCGGCGCCGUCUCCGAGCAGGCUCCUCCCCUGCAGGCCAACGGUCUUGGCCGCUACCGGUACACGGGCUGCUUCAAGGAGAACAACCCUGGUCGCCAGCUCGCCUACCAGCUUUACAGCAGCUCCAACAACACGGGCGCUAUGUGCAUCGCCGCCUGCGCCGCCAAGGGCUACGCCUACUGCGGUACGCAGUACAACAGCGAGUGCUGGGGCGGUCCGAACAUCCCCGUCCAGCAGGUGUCCGAGGAUAACUGCAACUACCCUUGCGCCGGCGACGUGAACCAGAUCUGCGGCGGCAACGGUGUCAACGAUGGCGCCGGCGGUUCUUACAUCUCGCUCUUCCAUGACAUCAACGGCGGCAGCACUCCCGUCAACCCCGGCGGCCCGGUCACCAACCCCGGCGUGAACGGCUACGGCUUCUUGGGCUGCUACACCGAGGCUACCGGCGCUCGUGCCCUUGUCAACGGCAUGCCCAACCCGAACAAGACUGUCGCUGGCUGCAUCGCUUCCUGCAACCCCCAGUACAAGUACGCCGGUGUCGAGUACGGUGGCGAGUGUUGGUGCGGCAACAGCUUCAGCGCCGGCUCCGUUGUUGCCCCCAUCACCGACUGCAACAUGAUCUGCAACGGCAACGCUACCGAGUACUGUGGUGCCGGCAACCGUCUGGACGUCUAUGUCCGUGGCGGCGUCGGAAACUCCACCAGCACUUCUAGCAGCAGCACGGCGUCCAGCACGUCGAGCACUGCGACCGGCACCGGCUCGACCUCCACGACGUCCACUAGCAGCGCCGCUUCGCCCACCGCCACCGGCCCCUACCGCCGGCAGACCGUCGGUCCCUACCAGUUCCAGGGCUGCUGGACCGAGACCAACAACGGCCGCGCCCUGUACGCCACGACCUACGCCGACGACGGCAUGACCCUCGACUCGUGCGCCGCCUUCUGCUCCGCCUACACGUACUUUGGUGUCGAGUAUGGCCGUGAGUGCUACUGCGGCAACACCCUCCGCGACGGCAGCACCCUGGCCACCCUGUCGGACUGCAGCUUCCUGUGCCCCGGCGACAAGACCGAGUACUGCGGCGCCGGCAACAGGCUCGAGCUCUACAAGAAGGGCGCCGCCGUGUCCAACAGCACGUCGUCCGCCACUUCGUCCACGGUGACCUCGUCCACCAUCACCUCGCCCGUGUCGUCGCCGACCGUCGCGUCCACGGCGACCUCGACGAGCAGCAGCAGUAGCAGCGCCUCCCCGACCGCCACGGGCCCCUGGCACAGGCCCACAGUCGCCGCCUACCAGUUCCAGGGCUGCUGGACCGAGACGCUCAACGGCCGCGCGCUCUACUCGACGACGUACGCCAACGACAGCAUGACCCUCGACUCGUGCGCCGCCUUCUGCGCCGCCUACACCUACUUUGGCGUCGAGUACGGCCGCGAGUGCUACUGCGGCAACGUCCUGCGUGACGGCAGCGCGCUUGCGCCGCUGUCCGACUGUUGGUUCCUGUGCCCUGGCGAUAACACCGAGUACUGCGGCGCUGGCGACAGGCUUGAGCUGUACAAGAAGGGUAACGGGACGAACUUUGCUUGUGUCGUCCUCUAG